AUGGCUAAAGCAGUUUCUCCUCACACGUGGCAGCGAGGCUUCAGGGAGCCUGCGUCGGGUACUCCAUGGCAGUGGGGCCCGGACGAAAACGACGGGCCGGAACAGUACGUCACGCCUCCCUCCAAGGAAGUAGUGUCCUCGCCAGUGCACAAUGAUCUUGGAAUCAAUGUGCAACGCACAUGGCCCACGCUCUACGAUGGUACAAACAAUCCACAUGGAAUUCCCGACUGGUGGAAGCCUGCGAGCGAAGUAGAUGUGCUCAUCUGCGGCGCCGGACCAAGUGGGCUAGAAGUAGCCCUCAGCCUGGUGAGACAGGGAGUGUCCUUCCGCAUUAUAGACAAAGCAGAAGGCCCUCUCGACGCGGGCCGCGCAGAUGGAGUGCAGCCCCGUUUCUUGGAGAUCCUAAACUCAUGGGGCCUGGCGAAAGAGGUGGCUGAAGAAGGGCCCAUCAUCGAACGCACGGCCAUCUACAAGGACGGCAAGAAGCUGUGGUUCUCGCGCUCACACCAGUGUGACUCGCGCUACCGUGGUCUGCACAUCAUCACCCAGGGCCAGGUUGAGCGCAUUUACAUCCGCGAUCUUAUGCGCCACCGGGUGCUGGUUGAGCGUAACAGCACGUUAAAGGACUUCCAUGUCUCAGAAGACCAGCCAUAUCCCGUGCAGAUGACGCUUAAAAACGAGCGCACCGGCGCCGAGGAGACAAUUAAGGCGAAGUUUCUCGUUGGCAGCGAUGGAGCGGCCAGCAUGAUUCGCAAGAAGCUCUCCAUUCCUUUUGACGGUAUGAGUACCGACAUCUACUGGGGGAUCAUGGAUUGUGUUUUCGAGAGUGACUAUCCCCACGCUUGGGUGUUUGGGUCAGUCAUUAGCUCCAAGCAUGGCGGCUGUGUGAUAAUUCCGAGAGAAGACGGGUACAUCAGAUUGUACACUCAGCUCGAUGUCUCACAGACUGGCCCAAUUGCAGCUUCCCGCCAGGCUAAAGACCCGUCGUUUGCCGAAGCAGGUGGCCGUGUUGACGUCCACUCCAUCACCCCGGAAGAGGUUCUUGAGCAGGCCAACAGGAUCUUUUCUCCUUACAAACUCAGAUUUGCCUCUUCACUUAGCUGUCAUGUUCACAGUGUCAUGGGAGCCUUCGGGCUCAAUGCUUCCAUCAUGGACUCGAGCAACCUGGCGUGGAAGAUGGGCCUGGUCGCGCAGAACAAAGCCCGUCUCGAGACGCUCAUGCCAACCUACAAUCUUGAGCGCCGCGAGCAUGCCUGCCGCAUCAUCGAAACCUCUGGCGAGUAUCUCCGCUUCGUCUGCGCCACCGACCUCUCCAUCGCCAACGUCCGCAACCCCGAAGGUGCUGAAGUGCGCACUGAUGGAACUACGACGAACGGAACGACCAAGAACGGCACGAUAGCGAAUGGUACAGCAACCAACGGCACGAACAAGCCGCAGACCCGCGAAGACGACCUCAAAUUCCUGUCUUCCUUCUUCGCCCGCAACGGCCAGUUCCUCCUGGGCGUCGACGCGCCCUUUCACGCCUCCGUCCUCACCCCAGCACAGGCGGAGCAGAAGACAGCCCCACCACUCGCCGUCAACAACGGCGUCCGCGCGCCCAACCCGCGCGUCUGCUUCUCGACCAACGAGACGGGCUACCUGUACGACGUCCUCGCCGGCGCCGCGCGCUUCCACCUCGUGCUGUUCGCGUCCACCCUGGGCGGCCGCGAGGUGCGCAGGCAGCUGUGCCGCUUCGCCGAGAAGGCGCUGAGUCCCGAUGGCUUCUACCACCGGUACGGCGGCACCGAGCGGUUCAACUUGGUGCUCGUGGUGAAGCGGCUCCCGUGGGAGAUGGACGAGGUUGUGGGAGGGAGUCAGGAGUUGGAGGCUUUGAGGAAGUGUGCGACGGUUGUGUAUGAUGACCGUGCGCCGGAUGAGGAUGCUCAUACGACGUGGGGCGUGAACCAUCGGACUGGCGCACUGGCGAUUGUGAGGCCUGAUUUGUGGGUUGGGAUGGGGGUGCAGCCGGGCGAGGUGGAGAGGGUGGAGGAGUACUUUGGAGGUUUCCUUCUUUCUUGCAAGGCUCGUGAGACUGAGGGUAUGUGA